AUGGCUGAUCUCAAAUGCCAGCCUGUGGAGGUGUGGUAUCUCUGCCAGCUCACCAACACCAUCCUGUUUGCGUCCUGUGUUGCUGGAGUCCUGGGCAAUGGGCUGGCACUGUGGAUGGCUGUACUCUGCACGGCCCGCACUGUCACCAGGAUCUGGUUCUUCAACCUGGCCCUGGCUGCCUUUCCUGUCCUCCUGUCUGCUCCUAUUUCCAUCCAUGUCAUGGUCUAUGGCUAGUGGCCAUCUGCUAACUUGGUCUGUAAAGUCUGCAUGGCCUUUCUGGCUCUCACCUUCUUCGCUAGCAUCCGUUUGCUGGUCCUCACCUCUGUGGAUCACUGCAUCUUGGCUCUGUACCCUGUGUGGGGCAGAAACCACAGAACGGUGCGUCGAGCCACAUGGCUGUCCAUCGCUGUGUGGCUGCUGGCAGCUGUUGCCUGUUCUGUUCUCCAUACUGAAAAGUACCGAACCACUGGGAAAGUACACGGCUGUGAAUAUUGCUACUUUGACUUCAAUUCAGAAAGAGAGACAGGGCAGGAUUGGAGUGCAACAGUUGCUAAGAGACAGGUGGCAACAGCCAUCACCCACCUCCUGCUUGGCUUCCUAGUACUCCUGACUGUCAUCAGCAUCUGUGCCCACUGCAUCUGGGCCAGGCUCUGGAGGGAGGGCUGAGUGUAUGCAAGGCGGCCCAAGAGGCUGCUGGUGGUGGUUGUAAGCGCCCUCUUCAUCUUCUGCUUCCCUUUUAACGUGGUGCUCUUGGUGAAGUCGACGGUGCUGAUGUGUCUGCAGCAGCCCCACUCCCCCAGGAUGCAGCACAUCUCAUGGGCUGCGUUCGCUCUGGGCUGCUUCAACAGGUACCUCAACCCAUUCCUCUAUGUCUUCUUCGGCAGAGAUUUCCAGCAGAAAAAUUUCCAGUCUCUAUCUCCUGCCCUGGCUGGAGUGUUUGGGUAUGAAGGUUUAUCAGUCAUCCUGUCUCUGAGACCAGUACCUCGACAGAGGGUGGAGACCUUACAGACUAGAAGUCUACCUUCAUAG